UGACAGUGUAAUGACAAAAAUUUGGUCAAUUCUGGUGUGUCAUAUGACGCUAAAUGACCCAAGCCGCCCCCAACCCCCAACGUCUCACCACAAGUUAUUGAACUUAAUCACCCCGCCGGUAAAACCCAAUUACAGAUUCCGACAUUGUUUUGACAGUUGACAGUGUUGACACAAAAAUUUUCUUGGAAGUUAAAUACAAAAUGCCUUCGGACGCCGCCCCCGGGUCGCAGCGUCUCACCAACGAUGAUUUCCGCAAGUUGCUUAUGACCCCGCGUUCGGCCCCUGCGAAUGCACCAGCACCGGGGUCAAUCCGGGAGGCAAUGGCCAAUUCCUCGUCAAUGCCGCCCCCCAAAGAGGACAAGAACGAAGCCCGACGCAAGAAGAAGAGUUACUACGCGAAGUUGAAGAAACAAGAAGACAAUAAAAUGGCAGAACUGGCGGAGAAGUACCGAGAUAGGGCUAGUGAGCGGCGACAGGGGGUCAAUCCUGAUUAUCAAAGCGACGAUCCUGUGGCCACAGCUCAAGCAUAUCGAGCAGUCGCGCCUGAUUUAAAAUCCGGUUUUGAUGCGGCAGAGCGUCGCAGACAAAUGAUCCAAGAAUCCAAGUUUCUGGGGGGCGACAUGGAACACACCCAUUUGGUCAAAGGGUUGGAUUAUGCUUUAUUACAAAAAGUGAGGAGUGAAAUACAACAUAUAGAAGCAGAGCAAGAACAAGAGAUGGAGAGACUGGCUGCCAAAACUGAAGAAAAAGAGAAGAAAGAAGUCCAAAAGAAGGACGAAGAUGAGCUCAAGUUCAAAACAAAGAUUGGGAAAUCGAUCUAUCACACGAUUUGUGCCCUCAAGAGUCGACAUAUUGAGAAAUCUGAGAUUUUUGUACCCGGACGUAUGGCCUACGUUAUAGAUUUGGAUGAUGAAGCCGAGUCGGACAUCCCAACCACUCUGAUUCGUUCAAUCGCCGAUGUCCCGUCAUUUGAACUCACCACAACUCUCACCACCAACGACAUUGUCAUCAAUAAGUUGACUCAGAUUUUGAGUUAUUUGCGUCAAGGCAAUCGAAAGAAUAAAAAAACCAAACGGGGACUCCCAGAGAGAGGCGAAAGCGAACAAACUGACGAACCGGAGGUUAAAAAACCGACAAAACGGCCAACUGACGAUUCCAUUUACGGCGAUAUUGGAGAUUAUGUUCCGACGAGGGGUGGUAAACAUGGGGGCUCCUCGCGUGACCACACCAAACACACAUACUUUGAUAAACAAGAAGAAGUGGUUGAAAAUAGUGGACCGACGUUUAAAGUCAGUAAAUCGGCUCAAAUUCUCAAUAAGUUGGCUCAGGAACCUGAGGGUUAUGCUGAGUGUUAUCCCGGAUUGGAGGAAAUGAAUGAUGCAAUUGAUGAUUCCGAUGAUGAGGUUGAUUAUUCGAAGAUGGAUUUAGGGAACAAGAAAGGGCCCAUUGGGCGCUGGGACUUUGACACAGCUGAGGAGUAUUCGGAUUAUAUGAAUCAGAAGGAGGCUUUACCCAAAGCGGCGUUUCAAUACGGUCUUAAAAUGGCAGAUGGGCGAAGGUCCAGGAAACAUAAGGAUAAGAACGAAAAGGCCCAUUUGGACAGGGAGUGGCAGAAAAUUCAGAGUAUUAUUAAGAAGAAAUAAUUCAAUUUUGUUGUCUCAUGUACAUAUUUAGUAAAUAAAAUUAAACCAAUA